AUGGCCGCCCUAGCAGCCACACAUUGAGGCACAAAGCGCAUGGUGGUAACUCUUUCUUUGUUUGAUUAUAUUUAGGCUUAGAACAUUAGACACGAUUGACAAUAAAUAACUGGACACAGAUUUUGGAUUCAUAAUACAUAGUUUUAUUAUCCGGUUUUGACAGUAGUUAUCUUUUUGGGUGCACACAAUUAGUUAACUUUUGUUGUCAAUUUUCUGUAUUAGAUUCAUUCAGGUUAUUUUUCAUUGCAUUAAUUCAUUUUUCUUUGAGUUACCAGUUCCUGGGUGCUGCUGCUGACGAUGUUGCAUGGCUGACAAAGGAAGUGCCGGCAGAUUCAGAGACACUUAAAAGGGGUUGGGCCGAUAAUUGGGCUACACCAUGUUGGCUGGAAUCAUGGGGAGAGGAAGUGAUUUCUCUUUGUUUGACGUGGAGGAAUGAUAACAAGAGGAAAUCGUGAGGGGCCCCGGGAACCACAGACUGGACAGGAGGGGCGAGGACACGGCACUGGCACUGAAGACACAGGAGGAGUCGCAGGCACUGAGGGUGGAGACAGCAGAGAACCAACGCUGGUGGACAUAGCUAGCAUUCUCCGUGCCCACAUGGGCCAGCAAGAGGCCCGGGAUAACCGGCUGAGGGAGGAGUCUGAUCGCCAGGAGCAGCGGUUUAAGGCACUCCAACAUCAGUUCCAAUUGCUACAGCUCGAGGUACAAGCUUGCACUUCUCCAACCCUGGAGCACACGUCAGCUGACCUUGAUUCAGAUGAACCUGGUCCCCAAGCCCAAAUAGCCCUGACGCCUGAGGGUGCUCCAGCCAAUUCCUCAUCAGGUAUGGAUAAAAGAACACGACCAUUCAACGGCUGCAGAGGCUGCUUCGCUGGCGGAUGUGUUUGUGGCUGCCCGGAGAAAAAGUCAACCAUGGAGUUACUCUGCCUGGAAAGCUACAAAGGACACCCGCAGGCCUACAUCAUCACAACAAUAUCAGAGGGCGGCACCUGGUGUGGGUAAGGCUCCCAUGAGGGAGAACCAGGCAAUGAAUUCACAAACAAAACAUUCAUACAAAGUACCCACUUGUUACCUGUGUGGACAGGAAGGUCACACAAAACCAAUGUGCCCAAAGAACCCUGCUAAGCUCACUCAAAUGUGUGUUGUCCCCCGUCAAAAUGACCCUACACCAAAAAAUGAUCACUCCAUGAAAAUGAUCACUGUCAAAAUUAAUGGUAAAGCUCUGAAGGCCCUAAUGGACUCUGGUAGUGAUCAGACACUGGUACACAGGCAGUUUGUCCCCGCUAAUAUGAUCCGCACCCUUGAAACUAACCCCAUUUGCUGUGUGCAUGGGGAUAAGAAGCCCUACCCCACAGCUGACAUUUACAUUGAAGUGCAAGAGCAACCAUACCUUAACAUUGGAGUGGCUGACAAUCUUCCCUUCCCAGUGGUGCUGGGUAGCAACCUACCAGUUUUGUUUGACCUAUUAAGCCAACCUAUUAGGUGCAAUGUGGCUGUAACCAGAGCCCAGGCCAAGUUGGUAGAUGAGCCCUCUGUAACCCUCAGUGCCCUGCCUUUUUAUGAUGCUGACUUAGACACCCAGCCGGGGAAGUCCCGGAAGUCACACAGUCGAAGGAGGCAGGAAAGAUUCCAGCACACUGUCAUUCCACCACCAGAUGCAGUAGCUCCAGAUUUGCCACUAGGUUUUAAAAUACCUUCAGACAUUGUUCAGAUGCAACAAAGGGACCACAGUUUAGCGGCUCUAUUAAGGAGUGCUAAAGAGAGAGAGGUGGAGAGUGAGUUAGAGUACAGUUCUGGAGGAGUAUUUUCUGCAGAAGGGUAUUCUCUGCCAUCAACAUGGACCAGUGAAGCAGCUAGUGGUUCCCAAAGCAGCCCGAGACACAGUGCUUGUCUUGGGCCACUCUGUUCCCUGGGCUGGCCACCUAGGGAAGCACAAGACCCUGGCUCGGAUUAAACGAUACUUUCACUGGCCUGGUUUGGGGGCAGAUGUUAGCCAGUUCUGUAGGACUUGCCCUCAGUGCCAGAAGACUUCAAGUAGAGGACCAUGUAGAGCUCCUCUCCAGCCACUCCCCAUUGUUGGUACCCCCUUUGAGCGUCUUGGUAUGGACAUUGUUGGUCCCGUAGAAAAAAGCAAAAGUGGAAACCGCUACAUGUUGGUCAUCACAGACUAUGCGACUAAAUAUCCUGAGGUGUUUCCCCUGAAGUCGGUCAAGGCAAAGACGGUGGCAUUCUCCUUGGUGCAGUUCUUCUCCAGAGUCGGUUUCCCGCAAGAGAUUUUAACUGACCAAGGCACUAACUUUAUGUCCACGCUCCUGAAACAGGUUUACCAACUGUUUGGCAACAAGAGUCUGCGAACAACCCCCUACCAUCCACAGACAGAUGGACUGACGGAGCGGUUCAACCAGACCCUCAAGCAAAUGCUCCAUGCCUCAGAGAGGGGUAUCGGUGCUGUCCUUCUGCAAGGACCAACAGAGGACCAACAUCCAGUGACUUUCAUCAGCUGCAAGCUGCUCCCCAGGGAAGUCCGCUACUCUACCGUGGAGAAAGAAGCCCUGGCGAUCAAGUGGGCUCUCGACUCUUAUAAAUACUACCUUCUGGGGAGGGAGUUCACUCUACAGACUGAUCACAAGGCCCUCCAGUGGUUGCA